CGCGCUGAGAGGGCUGUCCCACGUGGAGAGAGAAGCAUGGAGGCGAAGGAGGCGGCGGCGGCGGCGCUGCCGUUGGACCGAGGGCAGAUUAAAAAAGCAAGUCAAGCCUUGCUUGCAUAUAUUGCGGACAAACAGAAAUCUGGAGAUAAAGUGCUGUUGGACGUAGACCAGAAUGUCUUUUUGAUGGUUACCGUCUGGAAGAUCCCACCGGAAGAGCAAGUGAUCAAAAUAAACCUGCCUCACAGCAUUCUGCCAGCCACCUCUGAGGUUUGCCUCUUCACCAAAGAUGAACCUGGCUUAACAGCGGAACAGACCGAGAACUUGUACAGGAAGCUGUUGGUCCAACAUGGAAUCACAUGUAUCACUGAGGUCAUCUCUUACAAAACGUUCAAAACGGAAUACAAGCCCUUUGAAGCAAAGCGACGUCUCCUGAGCCGGUUUGCUCUUUUCUUGUCUGAUGACCGUAUUAGAAGAUUACUCCCUUCACACAUGGGAAAGCAUUUCUAUCUGCGUAAAAAGGCCCCUCAGUGUGUGAACUUGAAAGCCAAGGACCUAGCUAAAGAAAUCAACAAACGCAUCCAAGGAACAAUCCUUCCAGUCACUAACAAGGGCAGUUGCUAUAUGGUUCGUGUCGGUCACACUGGCAUGGAAGCAUCAGAGAUCACUGAAAAUGUCAUGGCAGUUGCCACAGCCGUAGCUAUCAAGGCUCCUCAGAUCUGGAAAAGCGUUAAACUUCUUCACCUCAAAACAGCCAAAUCGGUUGCGCUUCCUGUCUUUAACUCAGCUCCCCAUGGUGAUGCUGGUGUUCAGAAAAAAACAGGUGCUGAAAAACAGGCUGUGCGAGGAAAGAAAAAGAAAAGUAAGGCUAAACCGAGGGCCACGGAUCAGAUGAGCACGAAAGUCGGCAUGACCGGGGCUGCUGAAGUGGACAAGCCUAAAGCAGACGGGGAGGAACCCUCUGCCCUUAAAUCGAAGGAGGAAGAAGAAGAGAUUCCACAGCUGGUCCCUGUUGAAAUCUCACCUGCUGUGGAAGAGGAGCAGGUGGCAAAGCUGCGUUUGCGUGCAAGAAAUGAGCUGAAGACAGGCUCUCCGAAUCUCCGCAGCAACAGGAAGACCGGUCUGUCUGCCGAGGCUCCUGUCCCGCAGUCAGAAACACUGGGAGCGGUCUCACCCCUCAAGAAAUCAAAACAACUCCAGCCUGGCCAAAAAUCCAAGAUCCCCAAGCAAGAGUUUUUGGAAAAGAUGCCGCCAAAGCGUGCCCAGCAGCCCUUGGCAAAACCAGCGGUGACUCCUAAAAGGCUGAAAGCUCCCGAAUCAGACAAGAAAUCUAAAACUCCCAAACGUGAACUGAGAAAAAUGAAAGUGCCACUGUCACUGUGAGCAGAGGAAAAUGGCUAUUUUCAUAUCAGGAUCAAAAGAAGAUUGGCAGCAUUCAUGCAAUGCUGGUCCACUUGUAGAACACCUUGUAUUUUGCUUUUCAUUGGGGGCUAGGAAUAAAACAAACCUCUUUUAUUCUGUUCUCUGAA